CUACGGCCAUUUUUUCGUUUAUGGGAUUUCUUCCCCUCUUGAUCUCCAUUAUUCCCAAGUGCCAUGUUCUCUAUCCUCAGAACCUUCAGAGCAAUACAAAUACACCGCCAUCAACCAGUAGCCAAACUAUCCAUUUCAUGUCGAGGCAAGCCAAUCAACCGUGAAGACCUAUUCACAUAUACAAAUGGUCACUUCCUCAUCAACGAGAAACACCAGCUCGAGCGGCGCUAUGUGAAAUUUGACAUUGAUGCCCUUUGCGACGCAGCCAGCAGCAGCAGUAGCGAUGGCGCAUCAUCUCGAAUAACAAGUAUCGAAAAGAUGGAAGGAGGAUUCAGCAAAGCUCUUUAAAUGACAAGGGAAGAUGGGAGGGAGGUCAUUGCGAAGAUUCCCUUUCGGAUUGCCGGGCCGGCGUGUUUGACGACUGGGUCUGAG